AUGGCCCAUUCUCCUCCAGCCUCUCCCACUCCCCUCGGCCAGCCACGACCCAUGAGCGCAAUGAUCCGUCCUCCAAGGAGCAACAGUCGGAUGAGUAUGUGCAGCAAACAAGGCGGUGGGAGUAGGGCAUCCGAUGAAGAUACAAAGACGGCUGUCAAAGUCGCUGUUCGCGUUCGCCCGCCUUUGAAGCCCACCGACCCUGGAUUCGAAUUGAUCCCCCAGCGCUUCCAACGGUCAACUGUCCAUGUCACUUCGCCAACCAGCGUGGCUGUUGAUGCUCCUCAGGGCCGGAAGUUGUUUGUCUUUGAUAGGGUCUUCCCAGAGACCACCAAUCAGGAAGGCAUCUGGGAUUACCUCCAGGAUAGCGUGAACUCAUUUGUACAAGGAUACAAUGUUUCCAUUCUUGCAUAUGGCCAGUCUGGCGCUGGCAAGUCUUACACUAUGGGAACGUCUGGGCCGGCGGAGCAGAAUGACCAGAAAGUCAUGGGUAUAAUCCCCCGUGCCGCUCAGCUUCUCUUUGAGAAAUUAACUGGAGCCACCCACAACCGCACCAGUUCCACGGGUUUACGAACCCCAACACGAUAUUCCGUCAAUUCAGCUCUACCGGGUUUUGGCAAAAACUUGUUGGAUAAAAAUUGGCAGUUAAAAGCUACCUAUGUAGAGAUAUACAACGAACAACUAAGAGACCUUCUCCUCCCUGAUUCCACACCCUUGGGAGAACGGAGCGCAGUUACCAUCCGCGAGGAUACAAAGGGACGUAUCAUUCUCACCGGCCUACACCAGGUUAACAUCAACUCUUUCGAAGAUCUUAUUGGAGCUCUUAAUUUUGGUUCCUCCAUCCGGCAAACAGAUGUCACUGCAAUCAACGCUAAAUCCUCCCGCUCCCACGCUGUGUUUUCUCUGAACCUCAUCCACCGCAAAGACCCGACUGCGAGCCUGUCGACCCGUGAAAAACGAUUAUCAAUGCCUGUUGAAGCCUUGUCAGGUACUGAUUUGUCAGUCACUGUCGAUAGCAAACUACAUUUUGUUGAUCUGGCUGGUAGCGAACGUCUCAAAAAUACUGGCGCGUCAGGAGAACGGGCCAAGGAGGGUAUAUCUAUAAAUGCUGGUCUUGCCAGCUUGGGCAAAGUCAUUUCACAGUUAUCAUCCCGACAUGCCGGUUCUCACGUCUCAUAUCGCGAUUCUAAACUCACUCGAUUACUUCAGGAUUCCCUUGGUGGCAAUGCGAUUACUUAUAUGAUAGCCUGUGUCACCCCGGCAGAAUUCCAUCUCAGCGAGACACUAAACACUGUACAGUACGCCCAGCGGGCAAGGGCCAUCCAAAGCAAGCCUCGCAUUCAACAAGUAACUGAUGAGAGCGAUAAGCAAGCUGUCAUCGACAGACUAAAAGCAGAGGUAGCUUUCUUGCGCCAACAGAUCAGCAAUUCUGAAGGAGGAGAUAGAAGGAGCAAUGCACCGCAAGAACGGGCAGAACGACAAAAUGAACGAGAAAUUGAACUGCAGAACCACCUUCUGGAUGUACAGGAAAGUUAUACUGCGCUUAGCCAGCGACAUGCCAAACUCAUCUCGGAACUUACCAAGGCCAGUGAUUUCAGUGGUGAUACUGAUGACCUCCAAGGCCUUCUUGGAGAUAGUUCGAUGGAAAGAUUGAAGAGGUCCCAUUCAUUUGCUCAGUCUGUCGAGCAGGUCGUGCUGGAGUAUGAAAAGACAAUCCAAAGCCUUGAAUCCUCUCUGUCCAACACUCGCUCCUCGUUGUCCAACACUGAGAGUAGCCUGCUAGAGAAAGAGACAAAGUGUGCCUAUAUCGAAACCGUUAAUGCCCAGCUACAGGCACGUAUUCAGAAGAUGAUGGAUCGUGAAGCGAAUACGGAACACUACCUUCACGAUCUCGAGUCCAAGCUCGACGGACAUACCACCGGAGAAGAGAAGAAUGCAGCGAUAGUUGCUGAACUUCGCAAGGAAAUUGCUCGUGCGCGUGAGAAUGAGGCUAGUUGCGAAGACUACAUCUCAACUUUAGAGGAACGGCUAGCUGAGGCUGAUCAAGACGUGGAAUUGAUGCAACGGGAGAUGGAUAGGUUAGAGCAUGUCAUCGAUCGGCAACGCAGCCUGGGUAAACUCGACACCCUACUGUACGAGCUGGACCAUAUCCAACAAAAUGGCACGAAAUCGGAAGAUGGCAAGGGAGAUGUAGAUGUUCAUACCCCACCCACUCUUAGCAGGGAGCCACCGAAGUCCCGGAAGCGGGGCCAGUCUCAAUCUCUAGAUGUCCUCAUGGAAGCUGCUGAGACGGCUAUUCCAGAAUCUUCUGAUGACGACCUUGGAGAAAUGUCUUUGGAACCCGCGUCAGCCCCUUCUGAACAAGAUUUACCUGCUUCUGGUACGCAUAAUGACGCCACCGGACUGAAAACGCUCCAGCAUGCCUCUGGAGAAAAUGGCAGUCACCAUCUAACCUCUGACCAUGACUACCCGCCACAGAGCCCCGCUCAAACCCGAUUUGUUGCUGAGAAGCUGGAAAAUGUAACUCAAGAACUGUUUGAGCUUCGAAUCCAACACGAAGCCACUACCAACGACUACGAUCUUCUUCAUGCCAAAUACGAAGAAGCUCUCCGCACUCUAGCCGAACUUCAAGACGCUGUUGAUGAAGCCCGUCAUCCCGCUACAGCAGCAGCAGUAAUUGCCCCAAUGACACACUCACGACCAGUGUCUUUUUUAUUAGAGGACUCAAGAGUUCUGGAGCUCAGGGGUGGCGCACUGCCUUCAUCUUCGCGAUUGCUCUCCUCGGAGUUAUCCUUGGCCGAGCAGUCGUCUAUGUCGCAGGAGACCUUGGAGAGUGAGAAGAAUGUCAAUUCCGGCCUACUGGAAGCCCUCGAGAAGGGUGAGGUUAAUAGCGAUGUAGAAAGGAUGCAGAGGUUGCUGCAAGAGCAUCAGCAUGGUAUGAGUAUGGUGACACAGAAAUAUGCCCAGUUGCAGUCAGAGCAUGAAGAGACCUUGAAUUUGGUCGAGGUCCUGAAGUACGAGCUCCAGCGAAACAUGUCUACCUCUCCAACUACUCCACCCCCGAAUAAACCCCAAGUCAUCCGGCGCAUGACCAGCCAGAAUAUGACGACGGUGGACCGUGCGCACCGCUCCCUCGCCUCCCUGAGGAACAUUGCCAUUGAAGAAUUUGAAGAUAAGCCGGACACCAUGCAGACAUUUGAACUUAGCCUCAACACCGCCAUGCAUGAAUUGCAUAGUCGCAUGGAGCGUAUCCAUGCACUUGAGGUUGAAAACAAGAAUGUCAAAAAGGACAUGGAAACAAAGACGACUAUUAUUUCUGGCCUGACCAGGGAACGGUCCAGUCUUUCCGGCUCGUCGCCGAUGGAUAUCUCCGUCGUGUCGCAGAUGCGAGAUCAGAUCUUGCAGCAUGAGAACCAGAUCAAGGAGUUGCAAGAGGCUCAUGAUGCGCGGGAGAAGGAGUUGACGGCUGAAAUGCAUGGUCUGAAUGAGUUGCUGGAAGCACAGAGGACUCUGGUGACUGAGAAGGAAGAUCAGGUUAAGGUUCAGAAUGCCAAAAUCGUGCAAUUGCAGGAACAGAACUCCGAAUGGGAAACUAAGCACCAAGGUGUUGUUGAUUCUUUACAAUCAUCUGAGAGCAAACUUCAAUCCAUACUUGCCGAGUUGGAAGCCGCAUUGGCUGAGAGAGCCGAUUGGCAAAACAAACAUCGCACAGCCGCUGAAUCGCUACAGUCCUUAGAGAAACAGCUGCAAACGACCAUGGUUGAACUCGAAGCUGCUCUCGCCAGUAUUGACGCGCUGCAGAGCGAGCGGAGUGAAGCUGAAGGAAAUACCGCGAAAGAGAAGGCUGCUGUAUCGCACAGCCUUGAGACUGCACGUGCUAAACAUCAAGAGCUUGUGGAUAGCCUCAAGAAAGAUAUGGACGAGCAGCGGGGAACCAUUGCUGCUCACCUGUCCACGAUUACUGGGUUGGAAGCCUCGCUCGCAGAUGCCAAGGAACAGAUAUCUCUGUAUGAAAGGGAGAAGGAGGCACAUAGCCUGGAACUCGAGUCCUAUCGCACUUGCGCAACUGAUCUAGAAGAAGAUAUCAACUCCAUCAAAGCCACCGUUGAAGUGCAAAAGGCGGAUCUUGUAUCGUUGCAGGAGUCUCACAAGCAGGAGCUUGAGGAACUGGAGGUGAAAGUAAAGGCAGCCGCGGAGGCACAAUACGAAUCACAAAUUGCGGAGGAGAGUGCACGCCACGAUCAUGCCAUUAACGCACUACGAACUGAUAUCUCAACCUCUAAGAAUGAAAUGACGAAAUUGCUUGCCGGUGUAUCCGCCGCCUUGAACGCUCCUGUUACCGCGAGUACCCUUCAGGAGCAGAUUGAGGACGUCCUUUCGCAAAAACAGCAGUUUGCCGAGAAAUAUUCUGCGCUGUUCGAUACCAAUGAGGAGCUAUUGAAGGAACUGGAGUCGAAGACAAUCAGUCAUGCCAAACUCGAGAGGCAAUUCUCAGAUCUCACGGAGAAAUUGAAUCGGCAUGAAGCGAAGAUGACCGAGCUUACACACCUUGUUGCUAGCCACGAGGAUGUGCUCAAGGACAAAGAGGAUCUCAUUAGGAAGAAGGACUUGCUCAUUAAUGAGAUUACCCUCGAGAAGCAGAAGAGUGUACGCCUUGUCGAAGAACUUGAGGAGCAAAUUACGAAUACCUUCGAUCAGCAUCAUAAUCGUCUUUCUGUGAUUCAGCAGGAGAGGCUUCAGGCUCUCGAUGAGGCUAAUGGUAAGAUCGCGAACUUGGAGAAAGAUAUUGAGGGCUAUCGCGCUCGUAUUGAGCAUCUGGAGGGCCAUAUGCGGAACGGCGAUGCACCAUUAUCUAUCGACCGCACCAGCUCCAUGACUUCGAAUCUCCGCAAGAGUGCCUCCGCUGCAUCCCUCCCGUCUCCGCCUCCCGCAAUUCCCCUCCCUCCUCUCCCCAACAUCGCCGCCCAAACCGGCAGCAUCUCCCCUCCCAGCUCCCGCCACACCAGCAAAGAACUUGUCAACGCCCAACUAGUCGAAGACCAAGAAGCGCGCAUCCGUACGAUAGAGAAGCACCUACAUGCCGAAAAGCAGCUAACCGCCACGCUAGAAGAAGCACUCGGCGACCUCGAAGCGCAAAGCAACAAGGUGAAAGCGGACAUGGAGGCAUGGAAGAAGAAGGCGUGGCAGUAUGAGGAUGAGCUGAUGCAGCUGCGGUCUGAGAGGAAUUCGACGAGAUUAUCGAUUCAGGCUGUUGAGGAGGAGAGGAGUGCGAGGCGCGAGGCGGAGGCGGCACGCGCACAUUUGGAGGAGAAGAUGAACGCGAUUAAUAAGAAGAAGAAGAAGAGUACGCUCAAUUGCUUCUGA